AUGAAGGAUGCUAAGCCAAGACUUAUUCAAUGGGUUCUUCUUCUUCAAGAAUUUGACUUGGAGAUUUGGGAUAGAAAAGGAACAGAGAAUCAAGUGGCUGAUCAUUUAUCUAGGCUUAAGGCCGGUACUAAGAAGCAAGAUGAAGGGCCUAUUAAAGAGACAUUCCCUGACAAGAAAUUGUUAGUUGUGAACCAAGUCACUACACCAUGGUACGUGGUGAGUGGUUUGCAACCACCUAAUUUGAAUAGUCAGCAGCUCAAGAAAUUCCUUCAUGAUGAUGCUCAUGAAUUUGCUAAAAGACGUGAUCGCUGCCAACGUGUUGGAAAUAUUUCAGCAAGGAAUGAAAUGUCGUUGAAUUGCAUCCUUGAAGUGGAAUUAUUCGAUGUUUGGGGAAUUAAAUUUAUGGGGCCAUUUCCACCGUCAUUCGGGAAUUUGUAUAUCUUGGUGGUAGUUGAUUAUGUCUCUAAAUGGGUCGAAGCAGUGGCGAGUCCAACCAAUGAUUCCAAGGUGGUCACGAAGUUCUUGCAUAAACAUGUUUUCACCUGCUUUGGCACUCCAAGGGCUCUUAUAAGUGAUGAGGGCACCCACUUUGUGAAGAAGAUCUUGGCAGCCUUGCUGGCCAAAUAUAGUGUGAAACAUAAGAUCGCUACUGCCUACCAUCCUCAAUCAAAUGGUCAAGCCAAACUUUCUAAUAAAGAGAUCAUGGGUGUGCUAGAGAAAGUUGUUAAUCCUACUCGCAAAGAUUGGUCUCCAAGAUUAGAUGACUCUUUUUGGGCCUACAUAACUGCCUUUAAAACACUGUUGGGAAUGUCCCCCUACCGCUUGGUAUAUGGGAAGGCUUGUCACUUGCCCGUGGAGCUAGAGCAUCGGGCUUAUUGGGCCAUUAAGAAGCUUAAUAUGGAUCUCCAAGCUGUUGGGGAAGCUCGCAUGUUUCAAUUGAAUGAGCUUGAGGAGAUGAGGUUGUUCUCUUAUGAAAAUGCAAAGUUGUAUAAGCAAAAUACUUUGCGAUGGCAUGAUAAGAGGAUUCAACCUCGAGUUUUUGAAGAAGGACAGUCCACUGGAGGCAGGGUCAAUCUUGAUUUUGAUGAAUUGGUGCAGUUUUGGGGUUGA